CUAAAAAAAAAUCCUCCCAAAAAAAAAACCAUUAGUGUUUGUAAAACAACACAUACACAAGAAAAAAUGGGAAGAGCUCCAUGUUGUGAUAAAGCAAAUGUAAAAAGAGGUCCAUGGUCUCCAGAAGAAGAUGCUAAACUUAAAGAUUUUAUUCACAAAUUUGGUACUGCUGGUAAUUGGAUUGCACUUCCUCAAAAAGCAGGGCUAAGGAGAUGUGGUAAAAGUUGUAGAUUGAGAUGGCUAAAUUAUUUAAGGCCAAAUAUAAAGCAUGGUGAUUUUUCUGAUGAAGAAGAUAGAGUUAUUUGUAACUUGUAUGCCAAUAUUGGAAGCAGGUGGUCAAUUAUAGCGGCUCAAUUACCAGGAAGAACAGACAACGAUAUCAAGAAUUAUUGGAACACGAAGCUCAAGAAAAAGCUCAUGGGAUUAAUAAUACCUAAUAACAAUUCUUCUUCUUAUAAUAAUAAUAAUUACCAAAAAAAAUUACCAUAUUUUCCAUCUACUUCUCUUCAUCAAGCCCAACAAAAUCUUGGGCCUUUUAUUACAGGCCAAGAACAGCCCAUUAUUAUUCCAUCAGCCCAACAAAAUAUUAUGUACACCAAUAACAACAACAACUUGAUGAUGAUAGCCAAUAAUUUGCAAAAUUAUCCAAAUUUUGGUGCUACAAAUUAUAAUUUGCAAAAUUAUCCAAAUUUUGGAGAAGUUGCAAGUUGUUCUUCAUCAGAUGGAAGUUAUUGCAGCCAAAUGAGUUUUGGUACUAAUAAAGAUAUUAUUAGUAUUAAAAGAGAAGAAAUUAUGAGCUUUGGUCAUCAUGAUGGUGCUAUUUAUGAAGAAAUUAAUAACCAACAAUUUAAUUUUGGUUAUUUUGGAAAUACUAUGCAGGAGAUUGCUACAAGUUGUUGUACCAAUGGCAAUAGUGGUAGUACUACCCAUAGUAGUAAUAAUUUGUUGUUGUACAAUAAUGAUGAAAAUUGUAACAAGUCAAAUGAGAUGGGGAUGUUUUAUUAUUAAAAAAUGUAAGUACAAUUAUGGAAGAUGUGAUAGUUGUUGUGUUGUUGGGGGGUAUGGGGUUAUUGCCAAGUAGAUAUUGGACUUUUUUUGGGGUUUUGUGUAGCUCUACUUAUGUUGGAAUUGAAUGGAAAAGAACUUCUUGAUUUCAUUUCA